AUGGACUCUAUGAGAAGCCUGGACACUUCUCUCCCGCGUGCAACACCUAUAACAGCCGCUGCCUCGAUUACAUCCAAGCACCAGGACCCGCCCGAGCAGCUCCUCACUGCCUUCAAAGCCGCGGCCCUGUCUGUCACCAAUCUCUACAAAAGCGCUGCCGUCGAUCAAGGGAGGGCUCGAGCUGAGGGGUAUCAAGAUGCUCUGGACGAGCUCCUGACGUUUCUUGAUAAGGAAGACAUUGGGCUGAGUGAUGGGGAGGGUUGGAGGGUCCGAAGAUGGGCUACCGAACGAUUGGAUGGCAGGGAUUCUGUAACUCCAAAUAUCGAGAGCGAUGAUGAAGCUUCUGACAAGGCAGAGCGCGGUUCAUCCCCAACUAUUCAAAGAUCACAAAGCUCGAGCCGUAUUCCCACGACAUCAAAUCCGAUUAGAGCAGUUUCUCCGAUGCGAACAGAAUCUGCCCCACCAACCAUCGUCUCGCACAGUGUGGACUCGGCGCCUAACUCCACACCUUCACAAGCAACUUUUACAUUCCGAUCUGCCCAUCCCUAUCCGCAAGAUGCAGACAUAAUACUGUCAGGCCUUGACAUUUCAGACAACACUCGCGUUCCUAAUCACGAUGGGUCAGUUGCCUCACAUACCUCAAACACGGUAUUGUCGGGUCUUGGCGUCUCUCGGCCACCGCGAACACGGCACAACAACCACACUCGAAUCGGUAAUCGGCCCAAUGGUACCACUGGUAGGGGGGGUGGCCAGAAGAGAAAGAUCAAUUUUGGGGAGUUCUUCGAUAUCGGGAAUUUGGGGCAAGGGAGAGACGGUUUUGGUGGGGGUGGAAAGCGUGGACGGUUUGCAUGA